AUGGUUCAAAUGAAAGCAGGCGGCUUAUUCUAUGGCAUCAAGAUAUGGCACUUUUCUGCCUUCUUGCUAUUUAUAUUACUAGGAGCAUGUCCAGCUCUUUGCGAAGACAGCAUUCUGCCGCAAGAUCAAGGGAGGGUUAUUACGGAAAGUCCAAAAAGAUCAGCCAACAACUCAAACUUUGGCUUGUCACUCAAGCGUAGAUCUCCGCUUCCCCAAGCCGGAGGGUGUGCAAAUGGGAAGGAGCGCGUUAAAGGGAAAUGUGUCAAUAAAUGCAAGCAGAACCAAAAACGCAAUAAAGCAGGAAACUGUGUCAAGAAAAACAAAUAG